UCUUGUUUUAUAAUUUUAAAGACUAAUCCACGGAAGUGGCUGAAGCCGGAGACAGCGCCUGGAAUCUACCAAGGAGUGUCACAAAGCGACGGUGAAGUUAUGGGAAGUAGAGAAAAUUGCGGUUCUUUGGAGGAUCAAUUUGAAGGGAGAAACGGGGAGGGACAAGAGGAGGACAAUGGUUAUAUGGUUGGAGAGAAAGCACGGGGAGUGGAAGGAAAAGAGGAAGGAAUUGAAGGGAAGGAGAAGAAAAGUGGGGAUUUGGAAGGGGUUGCUUUAAAGAAGCCUAAUAAAAGAGGUAGAAAGAAGCAAGAGACAAAUUCUUCGAAAAGGGUCAAAAAGGAGAUUGUGGAAGAGGGAAAUGUCGAGGGAAAAAGUUCAGAUUUUGCGGUUGAGAAAGAGGAAGAUGGUGGAGAGAAAUUGGAGGAGGAAAAUGGGACUUUUGUUGGGAAUCCGGGGAUAGCAAAUGUAGAAGAUGGAGCUAGUAUGACAGAGGAAGUUGAUUUGGGUGCUGCUGGUAAUGGCCAAGGAAAUAGGGGGGACGUUUUGAAGAGCAGACUGAGAGCAGUUUCUAAGAAGGUUAAUUAUGCUGAUGUUGUAGAAUAUGAAGAUGAAGGGUACGUGUCAAAGAAGCGUAGGCGAAAGGGUAGGCAGAAGAGGAAAGUUGUUAAAUCUGAAGGUCAAGAAGAUGAUUAUAUUGAGAAUGGAGAUAUUGGGAUACCUGCAAAGAAGCGAGGAAGAAGGGGUAGGCCAAGAAAACAAGUUUCCGAAAGUGAAGGCACUGAAAGGAAAGAUGUAAAGGAGGAAGGUAAAGAAAAGCAAGGCGGUAAUUUAGGUGUAGAUAAUGGAAAGAAGAGGGGUCGAAAAGGGGCAAAGAAGAUGGAUAAAGAAGUUGUAGGAAAUGGGAAAAGUUCGGAAAAACAAGAGGAGUCUUUGGGAACCAACGCUAAGUCAAAAUAUUCGUUUAGGUCCUCAAGAGUUACCAAGAAAGAAGAAGAGCCCUUGCCAUAUUCAAAGAAAAAUAAGGAUGCUAAGUGGAUUGCAGAAGAAUCACUGAUGUGCCAUCAGUGCCAGAGGAAUGAUAAAGGCAGGGUUGUGAGAUGCAAGCUUUGCAAGCGGAAACGAUAUUGCAUCCCCUGCUUAACAAAUUGGUAUCCCAAGAUGUCAGAGGAUGCAAUUGCUGAUGCCUGCCCAUUUUGUCGAGAUAAUUGCAAUUGCAAGUCAUGCUUGCGCAUGACUGGCCUUGUUAAAAAAUUGGGAAAGACACUAAAUUUGGAGUUCAGUGAUGAUGAAAAAAUUCAGCACUCUAGAUACUUGCUUCAGACACUUCUUCCAUACAUUAAACAAUUUAGUCAAGAACAAAUGAAUGAGGUGGCCAUUGAGGCAAAAAUUCAAGGGGUGCUCCCUGAACAAAUACAGUUUACGCAGGCAGUUUGUCCUAAUGAUGUGCGUGUAUAUUGUAACAACUGCAGAACUUCAAUUGUGGACUUUCAUAGAAGCUGUCCUAAUUGCAACUAUGAUCUGUGCCUUACGUGUUGCUGUGAAUUACGUGCUGGACAUUUGAAGGGUGGACAAAAGGACGUGAUUAUAGAAUAUGCUGAUAGGGGUUUUGAUUACUUGCAUGGAAAAAUUCAGUGCUCUUUGUCUUCAGAAAUGGGGAAUACUUUGGAGGAUACCCCUGGGGAAACUAACUCUAAAGAAAAUAAUGCUGCAACUUCUGGGUGGAAGGUAAAUGAAAAUGGUAGCAUUCCUUGCCCCCCAAAGGAUUUGGGUGGGUGUGGUAAUGGCCUUUUGGAGGUAAGGGGUAUUUUUACAAAACAUGCUCUUGUUGAGUUAACAGAAAAGGCUGAGAAAAUAUCCAAAGAUCUCAAUCUUGAGCAUGUUUUUGAAUUUUCUAACCAACAGUGCACUUGUUACAAUUCAAUUGGAGAAGUUGACAUUGGUAGUAAUAAGUUAAGGAAAGCAGCUUCUCGAGGAGAUACCACUGACAACUAUUUAUAUUGUCCAAAAGCUAAAGAUAUUCAGAGUGGAGAUUUCAAACAUUUCCAAAGGCACUGGGCUAAUGGUGAGCCUGUUAUUGUCAGCGAUGUACUUGAGAAUACAUCUGGUUUGAGCUGGGAGCCAAUGGUUAUGUGGCGUGCUUUUCGUCAGAUUACUAAUACCAAACAUGAACAACAGUUGGAAGUUAAGGCACUUCAUUGCUUAGAUUGCUCUGAGGUUGUGGUCAAUAUACACCAAUUCUUUAAAGGGUAUACAGAUGGUCGUUUUGAUGAAGAAUCAUGGCCUCUGAUACUGAAGCUGAAAGAUUGGCCUCCAUCUAAUGAAUUUGAGAAGCUCCUUCCACGUCAUCAUGCCGAGUUUCUUUGUUGUUUGCCUUUUAAAGAAUAUACCCAUCCUCAAAGUGGGCUUCUUAAUAUUGCUACCAAAUUGCCAAAGAAUUCUCUAAAGCCAGAUAUGGGGCCAAAGUCAUAUAUUGCAUAUGGAGUUGCUCAAGAGCUUGGGCGUGGAGACUCUGUAACCAGGCUUCAUUGUGAUAUGUCUGAUGCGGUGAAUGUUUUAACACACACAGCUGAGGUGCAGCUUACACCUGAACAGCUUGCUAGCAUUUCUGUGUUAAAACAUAAGCACCAUGUGCAAGACCGGCAGGAACUUUUUGGAAUAAGUUCAAAGGUUGACAGGAAAAAGCCUGGUGAUGGGUCUUUUGACAACUCUACCUGUAAUAAGCGGUCUAGUGAUAGAUGUGGUUAUCAAGAAGGUGAAGUUAUUGUUGAACAAGGUCAAGAUGGUUAUUCUAGCCUGAAUAGCAAUAACUUAGUGAGGGAAUUUGAAAUGGAAGAGAGUGGGAAGGCAAAAGUGGAUCAAGAAUGCAGGGAGAAUGGCAGAUCUUUUGAAACUUCUGGGGAUAAGAUUGAAGAGCUGGAGGCUGUUGAGGGAGGUGCUAUCUGGGACAUUUUCCGGAGGCAAGAUGUUCCAAAGCUGCAGGAUUACCUUAAAAAGCAUUUUAGGGAGUUUAGAUAUAUACAUUGUUGCCCAGUGUCACAGGUUUUUCACCCUAUACAUGAUCAGUCCUUUUUUCUGACUAUGGAUCAUAAAGCAAAGCUUAAGAAGGAAUAUGGAAUUGAGCCAUGGACUUUUGUUCAGAAACUUGGGGAGGCUGUUUUUAUACCUGCAGGUUGUCCUCAUCAAGUCAGGAACAUUAAGUCUUGCAUAAAGGUUGCUCUUGAUUUUGUUUCACCUGAAAAUGUUGGUGAGUGUGUUCGCUUGGCUGAAGAAUUUCGUGUACUUCAUCAUGAUCAUAGGGCAAAAGAGGAUAAAUUGGAGGUGAAGAAAAUGAUUGUACAUGCAGUGUGUGAAGCUGUGAAUAACUUGGAUGAAAAUGCAAUGAUUCAGCUUGCUAAUAAAGUUAAAUGAGUUGCAACAGUGCUUGCAUCUUAGCUGAAGGUUACCCUUCCAAAUCGGGCAAACUUUUUGGAGUUUUGUUUCUGUAUAUUAGCUGAAGGUUUAUCUGUAGCAUCUGGUAAGGUGUAGAACAUAGCAACUGUAGUCUGUUUCUGUAAUUAUAUACCCCUAAAUCCUGCUUGCCUUUUAUUCUGUCAGCCGGAGCCUGGUGAUAUGUGUAGGUUGUGUAUUUUUGUUUCAAGUGCUAUUGAUAAACGAUUCAGGCAAAGCACAACCUGAUUUUUGUAGAUAUUGUAAUGUUUCCACCACGUAGUUAUAUUGUGUUUCAUUUUUAAAAUGGCAAUGAAAGAUUGAAGGGAGUAAUGGUUUUACUUCACCAAUGUGAAUUUUAGCGAAGGCAACUAACUUGCUUCUCAUAUUGAUAGUUGUUUUGU